CGCAGCAAAUUCCGGCCUCCCAAGGUGCAAUACAACCAGGUUCACGCCUUGAUCCUGACCUGGUCAUUUCAUGAUCUCAGGACGGAGGAUUACACGGCUCCGCCGACGUCUGAUUAUGUUUCUCUCGAAGAGGAGACGGCGCGCUUGCGCGACACGUUGGAGGGUUACGGCUACACGGUGCACGAGUUUUUGAUUCCGAUGCAUCGGUCCGUCGAGAGUCUCAAGAGCCAGCUGAAGCAGUUUUGCCGCCUAGCGGCCGACGACACGUUGCUGAUUAUCUACUACCAUGGACACGGAGCGUUGGAUGACGAGAAUGAGCUCGUCUUUAGCAGCCAUGACCACCCAAACAACGCGGAAUGGUCUCAAGCCGCCGCCGCAGAGCUCUACGCCGCGCUCCUCAGCGGUGACGCUUGUGCCACGCACGGCCGCCGCGACAGGUAUCAGGAGCUGUUGAAGAAAUACGAACGCUACCGGCCCGUGGCAACCGUGAAAUGGGAUUCCAUCCGGGGCACCGUCCUCUCCGCGCCCUGCGACGUGCUGCUCGUCCUCGACUGCUGCGCCGCGGGCGGGGCCAACCUCCGGCACAUCAACUGGCAGCCUCCCCCCGGCACCGAGUGUUACACCAAGCACCUGUUUGCCGCGUGCGGGUUUGAGUCGAGCACGAGCGACGACAUGACGGCCGCCAUGUGCGAGGUGCUCACAACAACAGUCACUCCUGGGAGUGGGAGUGGUGUGUUGACUACGAAGCGGCUGCACCAGCUCAUGGAGGAUAAGCUGCAGAAGCGCUCGGUCGGGUCGCAGCCUAUUUUUAAGCAGCUGCUGCCGCAUGAUCCGGAGCAGUAUAUUACCCUGCCGAAUCUGAGGGAGGUGGAUUUGAAGAUGGGGGAGAGGCGCGGUAGGAGGGGGUAUGUGUUGGCGUAA